UCUCAUGACAAACCUGGAGUUCCCUAUAUAGCAACUUGUGCUGUAUGUGUUGCCUGUUGGCCUUCCAUGCGUACCACCUAUGCAGCGCUUUCCCUUAUCGGUGCCGCAAAUUCAAACCCACCGUUUUGGAGUUAUCCGCGUGUUGUUGGCCACGUGAUAAACAAUGUGCUAGACCUAUUUUACCAGAGGAUAACUCAGCAACCGGUUUGCAUUGAGUUGGUGUUCUUACAGACGGCAUCAAUGUCAGUAAAGGGUUGGUUCAUAAGCAGGCAUAAUUUGCUGACUAUUCAUACAUGUCUUUGAAAUUCAUAAGGAACACCAUGUGAUAUUACUCGAAUAAUGGCAGGUUUGGCUCGGUAUGAAUUUGAAAACAAAUCCUUUUUCAGUCUGGUAUUUUAAGGGGUUAGGAGUUCCUAUAUCAUCAUUAUCAUGUGUCCAUGGCUGAACACUCCUUCACUACAAUCCCAUUACAAUAACAAAAAUCGACGGCGUUAAAUUUGUAGCACACAGGGGGACCCCAAAAAACUGAACUCGAACAAUGAAAUCUCCCGAGAAACAAUGACCCAGUUAUCCCCGUUGAUCAGAAAGUUAAUUAACAGUUAACCUUUAUAUGCCAACGGUCUGCUCUGCUGGAGGACCCCUGUCACGAUAGCUGGCGUCCUUGUAUCGAGGUCUGGCGUACGAGGGGUCCACUUCAGUUCGGCCAAACGGUCGUCCGUGUAAAUGUCAACAGGGUCGGUGCAUUUGCGUUUGAGAUCCUGCCGUUGUGUUUUGAAACUGAGCUGUUACUGCUUCGCAAACCGAAUGUCAUUCAGUUUUUUGUUGGGGAGAGAUUAUGUGGAAAGUGACGGAGAAACUAUAUGGGUUAGAUAGUACUAGGGCUGAGUGCUUUUUAGGAUGGACCUUCCCUCUGUACUCUGCCUCUUGUUUUUAUAUCUGCUUGAUCAAAAUGACGACAUGGCACGACUACAUUGCUGACAUUUCGACUGUUGAUUGAUAUCUCUGGUUUUGUGAGUCGGUGUGAAACUUCAUUAGACGCUACGGUCUUCAAAUUGUUACACAGCCACGUCAAAGUCUACUCUGUCUGCACCGUCCUCUAUGUCGAGGGGAUGUUCGCUUCGUAUACCUAAUCACAUUGAUUGUCUCGCUUUACUAUUAUUAUUUUUUUUAACACAUGAAGUCUGUCAAUAUCUCUCUCUGUAUCUCUCUUUUGGUAUCGCCCGUCCGUGUGGGUGCCGGUCCUUCCUGCGUAUCCCUGGUGAUCUGUUAGAGACCUUUGUGAAAGAGUUCCUAGCGAAGGCCAAAGAAGACUUUUUACGGAAAUGGGAAUGCCCGCCACAGAGCACGACGUGCCUCGAUGACUUUGAGAGAUUAAAGACGCUGGGAACAGGCUCGUUCGGGAGGGUCAUGCUGGUGAAGCACAAGUCCACUGAGCAGUACUUCGCCAUGAAGAUAUUGGAGAAGCAGAAGGUGGUGAAACUCAAGCAGAUAGAGCACACGCUAAACGAGAAGAGAAUAUUACAGGCGGUCAGCUUCCCCUUCCUCGUCAAACUCGAUUAUUCGUUCAAGGACAACUCAAAUUUGUACAUGGUGAUGGAGUACGUUCCCGGGGGAGAGAUGUUCUCCCAUCUAAGACGAAUCGGCAGGUUCAGUGAACCGCACGCACGCUUCUACGCAGCCCAGAUAGUGCUGACAUUCGAGUACCUCCAUUCAUUAGACCUUAUCUACAGAGACCUGAAACCGGAGAAUCUCCUCAUCGACCACCAAGGCUAUAUUCAGGUGACAGAUUUUGGAUUUGCCAAGAGAGUAAAAGGGAGGACUUGGACGCUGUGUGGAACACCGGAGUACCUGGCCCCAGAGAUCAUUCUAAGCAAAGGCUACAACAAGGCUGUAGACUGGUGGGCCCUUGGGGUCCUGGUUUAUGAGAUGGCCGCCGGCUACCCGCCUUUCUUUGCAGAUCAACCUAUCCAGAUCUAUGAGAAGAUUGUUUCUGGAAAAGUGCGAUUCCCUUCCCACUUCAGCUCUGAUUUAAAAGACCUGUUGAGGAACCUGCUGCAGGUGGACCUGACCAAGCGCUAUGGCAACCUGAAGAACGGCGUCAACGACAUCAAGGGCCACAAGUGGUUCGCCACCACCGACUGGAUCGCCAUCUACGAGAGGAAGGUGGAGGCCCCGUUCAUCCCCAAGUGUCGGGGCCCCGGGGACACGAGCAACUUCGACGAGUACGAGGAGGAAGAGGUCCACGUGUCGCUAACGGAGAAAUGCGGCAAGGAGUUUGCCGAGUUUUAAAGAUACGAGAGCGUGGGAACAUCAGGGCUAAAACACAUAAAACACACGGCGGAACCACGGCGCUCUUCAAAAGGACUCUGGGAAGAAGAAGAAGAAGAGAGAGCAGAGACCGACGUUGUUCACGUCUACUACAUUAACCCCUCGAUUCCACACCGCUGAAUGAGGUCGCCAUGAUCCACUUUAUACUUUUACUACUUCUAGUUGAUGUUGUGCUCCCCUUUUUAAGAUGUUUUUGUUUUACUUUGAGAGGAGAACUCGGGCCGACGCCCGAGUUCACACCAUUACAGAAUUAUGUGUCCAAUGAUACACACUAAGGGCGACGCGCAUCGCAGGCCGUCUCAUCCUUCAAUCAAAUUUGUAGAUAAAAGUAUAAGAAUAUAUUAAUCUUGAUACGUUUUGGCAUUUCUUUUUAAAAUCAGGUUUGAAAAGGUUACUGAAGAAUGAUACUAGGAUGUGGUGUAUGAUAUGGGAUUGUUAUUGUUAUCGUCAGAUUUCUAUAUGAUGAUAUAAAUAUGUUGAAAGUGCUAGACGCUGGCACCUAAUGUUCAGAGGCUAAAAGGGAAGGCUGUUGCAGAGGGUGUGCUUGAGUCAGUCCUGGUUCACACCUGUACGAGUUUGGCUAAAGGCAGAGGGUACAACUCAUGGAGGAAAGAGGGAGAUAUAUAUAUAUAUAUAUAUAUAUAUAUGAGAGAGAUUUUGAGUUAUACUUUUGUUUUUCACCCUAUAAAACAACCAAUAUAUCAUGUUGGUAUGAUGCAAGACAGUAAGUUAAAUACUGACUCAUGAUUACUUUUAUUUGGAACAUUGCUAUUGCCAUGAAUAUCCUCAAUAUUGAUGUCCAUUCUGGGGAAAAUCUACAUUCGUAAUGUGGGCAAUUCUACAACUUGAUUUAAAUGUUCAAACGCUUUCCGUAACUGCCUCUUCUAUGUCAAAUAUAUAUGUAUGGUCAGCCCCAGGUCCGGAAAAUUGGCCGCGGUAACGUUCGUUCGAGCCAAUUGCAGAGCAGUGGUACUGUGUCCUACGUGCAUAUCUGUCCGUUCUGUAAGACACACGAACAUGUUGAGUGUUUCAAAGCAUGACCAAAUAGAAAACCUAACAGAAGAAGAAGGGGUGUCUCCCCCUCUCUUUGCUUUUGCCUUAGAGAACCAUGUCCUCAGACCCCCCCACACACAUCAGUUCACUGCCUACUCUUAGUAUUCAGACUCAGCCAACAAUAGCCAUUGCACAAAAUGACAAACCGUGUUACAGGAAGUAAAUCUCAAACUUUGUUUUGUUUGGGUCUUAUUGCUAUGUAAAAAAAACUAUGUAAUUUGCUGUUUCACAAAUGAUUUUUGCCGUGUCUACCAUUAUAUUCACUCUGUUCCUAUAGUCUGUCUGCUUAUAAAAGAGAGUUUGAUAAGAGUUUUAUGAAGCAAUGUGACUCCAGUAUAGGGGAAGAAGGAGACUAAAUCCUUUUUAAGGAUUGUAGAGAGUAAUGUAAAGUUCAACAGUUUAAUGUGUAUAGGAUUGCGGCUCUGUGCCUCAACGUUGUUUGUGAAGUAUUGCAGAAGUACACUCUUUAUAAUACUGUUAACAUGAAGAUGUUUUUUCAAUCUUCUAAGACAGAAUUGAAAAAUGGCAUGUCUUUUUUUCCCUCUCCUGUUACCAAUUUGUUCCUUGUUUGUUCCAAUCAUUUUAAAGAAUGUAGAUUUUCAACUUAUAGGGAUGCAUCUUUUGGAGAAAAUAAACCUUCAAGGUACAAAUGUCCUCACAGAAUAAUAGGUCAAAACCAGACUUCUCCUUUGUACCACAUUUAAUCCAUUCAUUGUUUUAACUCAUAACAUGUGUGUAUGCAUUGUUUCAUAUGUUUUUAUUUAUACACAUUAGAGAUGCUAAUAAAUUUUAUUUUUAAAAGUGUCAAAA